GGAACAAGCGUUAACUGAAGACACGGAAAUGAAGAGCCUUCUGCCUCUGCUGUUUAAUUUUAUCACAUUUUCUUCCACAUUUCCUGCAGACCGGAAGGACAGACAUGAGGACAACAGCCAAGCAGCCAAGGCAUACCUCAACCAGUUCUACUCUCCUGAAAUAGAAGGAAGUCAUCUUGUUCAAAGCAAGAACACGAGUCUCCUAGAUGGCAAACUUCGGGAAAUGCAGGCAUUUUUUGGGUUGACAGUGACUGGAAAACUGGACUCAGACACUCUUGAGAUCAUGAAGGUGCCAAGGUGCGGUGUGCCCGAUGUGGGGCAGUAUGGCUACACACUCCCUGGGUGGAGAAAACACAGUCUUACAUACAGAAUAAUGAACUACACUCCUGAUAUGACACGAGCUGAUGUGGACGAGGCUAUUCAGAAAGCUCUACAAGUUUGGAGCAAGGUCACUCCAUUGAGGUUCACCAAGGUUUCCAGCGGUGUUGCAGAUAUCAUGAUAGCCUUCAGGACUAGAGCCCAUGGCUGGUGCCCACGUUAUUUUGACGGUCCUAUGGGAGUCCUCGGCCAUGCCUUUCCUCCAGGUCUGGGUCUAGGUGGUGACACUCACUUUGAUGAAGAUGAAGACUGGACAGCCAAGAAUGAGGAAGGGUUCAACCUGUUUCUUGUGGCUGCUCAUGAAUUUGGUCACUCCCUGGGGCUCUCUCACUCCAGUGAUCCAACAGCUUUGAUGUUUCCCAAUUAUGUCUCCCUGGAUCCUAGCAAAUACCCACUUUCUCGGGAUGAUAUUAAUGGGAUCCAGUCCAUCUAUGGAAGUCCAACUAAGGCACCCACCAACCCAAAUGGAAACCCUGGACACCACACCUGUGACCCCAUCUUGAUUUUUGAUGCUGUCACUACCUUCCGCAGAGAAAUUAUGUUCUUUAAAGGCAGGCACCUAUGGCGGCUCUACUCUGACACUGCCAUUGUUGAGUUCGAACUGAUUGCUUCCUUGUGGCCAUCUCUGCCAACUGAUCUUCAGGCUGCCUAUGAAAGCCCCAGAGAUGAGAUCCUCGUCUUUAAAGGUGAGAAUUUCUGGGUGAUCAGGGGGUAUGCUGUCUUGCCUGAUUAUCCCAAAUCCAUCCACACACUCGGGUUCCCAACACGUGUGAAGAAAAUUGAUGCCGCUGUUUGUGACCGUGACACGAGGAAAACCUUCUUCUUUGUGGGCUUCUGGUACUGGAGGUAUGAUGAGGUGGCACAAGCCAUGGACAGAGGAUUCCCACAGAGGAUAGUGAGGCGCUUUCCCGGAAUUGGCCUCCGUGUGGACGCUGCCUUCCAGUACCAAGGAUUCUUCUAUUUCUUCCGUGGGUUGAGGCAAUUUGAGUAUGACAUAAAGGAAAAGAAUCUCACCAAAGUGAUGAAAACCGAUACUUGGUUCAAGUGUAAAGAGCCAUUAAACUCAUCCUUCAAUGUGAGUGUCAAAGAAAAAGCACAUUCAAUUGGUACAGUGAUAUUACAUCAUAAAAGUGUAAGCGUGUUUAUUUUCAGUAUUGUUCAUGUGCUGACAAGCGCUUACAACUAA